UACCAUCGGUUUUGGAGUAGGGGAGGAGAGCCUCUGUACAAACAAGUUACAGUUAACUCCCACUGAAAGCAUCACUUCAAUGUGAACAGUGAGUUACAGAAAGCAAAGGAGAGACUGCAGAGAAGAAAAUCCAAUACACAAGGACUAUUUACUUACUCUAAAUCCAUCUAAACGGUGACAAGAAGAUGAGUGUUUUACUUUUUGGUGUAACUGCCUUACACAUAAUCAUCCUGGUGAUCCUAUUUGUUGCUACUCUUGACAACUCAUGGUGGGUUUUCUCAGAAGACGAGACAGUGAACCUUUGGUACGAUUGCCUUUAUGAGAACAAUACAAAUGCCUGGCUGUGCUCUUCUGUAUCUGAUAAUGAAUGGUUCCAUGCAGUCCAGGCCCUCAUGGUUCUAGCAGUCUUGUUUUCAAGCUUCUCUUUCAUGCUGUUCAUGUGCCAGCUCUAUACAAUGGAACGUGGAGGACUCUUUUACGCUACCGGCAUUUUCCAGAUUCUCACAAGUCUUACUGUAUUUACUGGAGCCGUGAUCUAUGCAAGUCAUGUGUCAGAGUUUCAUCCAAACAGGGAUAAAGGAGGAUAUUUUGGCCACUGCUUUGUAUUAGCUUGGGUAGCUUUUCCCCUCAGUAUGAUUAGUGGCAUCAUAUAUAUACAUCUGCGAAAGAGGGAAUAAGGCAAGUGUUCUAUUUACCAUUCCAAGGAAUCUCAUCAGAGCAAAGUGUGGUAGAGGGAACUUUGAUGACCUAGGUUCUUGCCUUGUGGGUUGGAAUAGAACCACGAAUACCACAUACAAUCACAUUUAAUUGGACUGAAACCAUUAUUAACACUUAUAUUUGUUUUUCUCAUACAUCUUGGACAAUUGGUACACCAUUUGACUGUUCUCACUGAAGAUAUGUUUAUGUUAAUAUAUGUGUAUUUCUCUUCAAGCUAUAUCAUUUUGGAACACAAUAGGUUUAAAGUGAUAAAGAAAAUUGUUUAUUAAAUAAAUGAUAGGUCAAAUUA